UGACAAUCUCCCUACUUAUCUCUGAGUUGAUAUCCCCUGGAGUUAAUACAGAAAAGGUUUUAAUGUGGAGUAACUGGAAUUUUACGCUUUUUCUUUGUAAUAUAAUAAUAUUAUUGAUAUGUGAUAUAUUAAUAAAAAGUAGUCAUAUUUUGAAUUUCUAAACUAUCCUAGGUCAACAAAAUUAAUUAUAUUUGUGAUAUAUUUUACGUCAAAAUCUGGUUCAGUCGGGUACAAAAUGUCUAAAGAAAUUAAGGCUACUUUGAAAGAGGCCCGGGAGCUGCUAAAACAAAAGGAGUAUAAGGAAACAGUAAAGAAAUGUAAAAAAGUCUUAAAAGAAGACAAGAGCAAUUACGUUGCCCUUGUUUUGCUUGGUGCAGCUAUGCAGGAAAUAGAUGAAGUUAGAUCACAAGCUCCACUAGCUAUGAAAAAAGCUAUUGAUACUCAACCAAAUAAUCCUUUAGCUUGGCAAGGGUUAAUUGCAUUUUAUGAGAGAGAACCAGACAUUGAAACAACAUGGAUUGAAUUGAUUCCAGCUUAUUGUAAACUUUUACAAAUUAACAGUGAUCCAACUAAAUUUUCUCAUUUUCUAAAUAAUAUAUCAAUAUUUUCACUUAAACUAAAAGAUCAUUGUGUAAUCAAUGAAGUCAUUGAAACAUUAUGCAAAAUAAUAGAAAUUUCAAGUGAAGAAAGAGUAAAACUUAUAAAUGCUGCAUUGGCUUCCAUUUUAAUGCAAUAUCCAAAUAUUCAAGACAGGUACAACAAUUUACUACAGAGUACACUUGCUGCAGUCAGUAAGGAUUUAAAUAUAAAGAACAGACAGAAUUACUACAGAAGAUAUUUGAAAAUGUUAUACAAGUCUCAAAACUUUAGUUUGCUGCUCUCAGAGGCGGCACUUAUGCAUGAGCAAUUCAAUAAUGAUCCGUAUCCUUUAGAAUGGAUUUGUCGUGUGUACUCAGAGCAGAAUAUUCGACACAGCCAGUGUGAUGGAAUUGAAAUAUCGCAAUUCUAUGAUGCUUUAUUGACUAUAGAUGCAACUUCUAAUUAUGCGCUCUUUGCUAAAGCUGUUCAUCUAUACCAAACAAAUAGUUUUCUAGAAGCACGAGACAAUCUGAACCAAGUUGUUAUCUCUGGUUCCCAAUGGUUGUAUGUCUGGAUUUUAUUAGCAGAGGUUAAUGCAAAACUCUCUUGCUGGGAGAAUGCAGAAAAUGAUGCCACACGUGCUUUGCAUUUCAUAAAAACCAACACAGAAAAUGAAUUAAUAAACCGUAUUCAACUUGUUCUAAUUGAAGCUCUAGCUAAGGGAAUGAAUAAGCGAAAAUGGGAACUUGUUGAACAAAAAUUUAAAAAGAUUUCUGAGGCUCCAUCGAACAAGCUACUUGUUUUACUGGCACGAGCUUAUAUUCUCCUGGGAGAUUCUCGUGGUUUGGCAUUAUUAGAUCAUCUAGAGUCAGAGCCUGAGACAAAAGUAGAGGCAACAAUCUUACGUGCCAUUCAUUUGAAAAAUUGUAAGAACCUGGAAGAGGCUGCAGAUGUUCUUGGCUCGGUAUUGGAAACUUCUGAAGCCUGGCUCAUGCUGGGAAAAAUAUAUUGGGACAUGUUCAACUAUAGACACAGCCUGAUGGCUUUUUUAAAGGGUAUUCAUGCUGAUCCUUACAAUUGGGAAUGUCUAAUUUACCUAGGCCACUAUUAUAGAGAGCAUGGCAAUGACCUUGAGCGGUCUAGACGAUGCUACCAGAAGGCUCUAGUGAUUAAUCCCAGUUCUGAACAGGCUGGCAUUGGUCUAAGUACAGCUUACAGACUUUUAAAGAACACUGAAGCAAAUAUGCAAUUAUUGCAACAAGUGACGACUGCUCAUGGCAGUGGUCCAAAAUGGGCAUGGCUUCAAUUAGGUUUACAAUACUUGGAGCAAGAUUAUCCAACACAGGCCAUUAACGCAUUAAGAACUGUUAUUCGAGCUGAUCCAAUUGAUAAUCAUUCCUGGGAAUGCCUAGCUGAUGCAUACUGGGCACGAGGUGCUCACAUAUCUGCUUUGAAAUCAUACCAGAGAGCUUUGGAUUUAAGUCCAGGAUCCUUUUAUCCAAUGAUGCAACUAGCUAAUAUAAAACUGAUGUUGAGUCAACAUAUAGAAGCUAAACAAGACUUUGAACACGUACUGCAACAGGAACCUAGUUACAUUCCAGCACUAAAAGGUUUAGCUGAAACUUGUUUAGGCCUUGCAAAAGAGUAUAUGCAGCAACGACUCUUAGGAAGAGUCAGGGAUAAUAUACAACAAGCUACCGAUUACUUAACGGAAGUUAUCAUUGAACGUAGUGAUUUAUCUUGCAUUUGGAAAUUGCUUGGAGAUAGCUGUUAUAGAAUGGCGACAUUGCCAAAGAAAUAUUGCACACUCAGUGUUGUACCAGAUCUAGUGAUGUCAAAAAGCCAGGGAACACGUAUUAGCAUUGGUAGAAGUGAUAUAUUUUUGUUAUCAUCCAGAUGCUAUUGUCGUGCUUUGAGUCUUACUGCAGACUCUGCAUUAUUAUGGCACGAUUUAGCACAGUGCUACCUUAGUCAACGAAAACUAAAUCCCAUUGUAAACCCGAAGGAAAUAAUGCAAAAGAGUUUAGCAGCUGCUAAACAAGCUGUCAAACUUUCUCCAACAAACUGGUUUCAUUGGAAUAUUCUUGGUGUUAUUUGCAUGUCAAAGGAAGUAAAAAACUAUGCUCUGGCUCAGCACUGCUACGUUAUGGCAAUCGACAGGGAAUCUAAUAAUGCCAUUACCUGGACCAAUCUUGGAACACUUUAUUUAUACCUAGGAGAUCCCUACCGAGCAAAUGAGGCAUUCUCACGAGCUCAAAGCGCAGAUCCUGCUUAUCUUAACAGCUGGAUAGGUCAAGCUUUGAUAGCAGAGAAAAUGUCUAGAAAAGAAGCUAUGGAUUUGUUCAGACACGCUACGCAACUUGGUUAUCAUAAGCAGGCUACUCUUGGAUAUACCCAUUGGGUUUUAACAACACUUUUAGAUCCUGAAGCUAAAAAGGAUCCAAUGUAUACUUAUACUAUUGAAAAUAUGCACGCUGUGACAGUAGCAACUGAUGCUGUUACAUGGUAUUUGGAAGAUGUACCAGACGAUCUCUGUGCUUUGAAUGCUUAUGGUCUUUUACUUGAACGACAAAAAUUAUACAAGCCUGCAGCUGCAGAGUUUUUAAUAGCAUUGAAAAGUGCUAAUACCGAUACACAAAAAGAUGCAUUAAGGGUGAACCUUUCUAGAAUUCAAUUACAUCUUGGAAAGUACGAUAAAGCUGUUGAAUUAUGUUGUGGAGUAAGAAACGCAAAUUUUAAUUCGCAUUGUCAAUUAGCUCUAUCAUUAUUUAAAGCUGAAAAAUAUGAGGAGUCUUAUGAGGCCUACUCAGCUGCUUUACACUGGUUAGCGGGUGCAGGAUCCGACAAGGCUCAUGUACUUUGUGCCAUGGCUACUAUAGCUUAUAUGUUCCAAGGACUAGAUGAUGUGAAAACGUUGCUUUUCCAGUCCAUUCAAAUUCAACCACCGACAGUAGCUGGUCUGUUAGCAGCAGCAGCUCUAGGAAUUCUUCAUGGGGACUCUAAUUUAACAUCAUUAGUUGUUAAGGAAUUGGAACCCUUCUGGGAUGAUCCAGAUCACAGAAACGAUAUCGUGUUACUUUCUGCAUAUUCACGUGUGGUUCAAACCGAUAUUCAGGGUGCUAUUCGCAUCUUAUCCAAAGCUGCGCACAAGUAUCCAUCGGACGUAGGCCCAUGGGUAGGCCUAGUGAGACUUUUGUUGGAGACGGAUGUAAAAACCUUUGGCACAUGUGCUCAGAAAGCUUUAUUUUUAGGAAGAAAAACCUCUACUAUAAGCAUUGCCCAAGUGGCUUGUGUAGCUUCGCUAAGUCAAUUGAUGACUGGGGAUACCGAGGAAGGUAUUAGAUCAGUACAAAAGACUCUUUAUGCUUUUCCCGGUGUUGUAGAAAGCUGGGCGAACCUUAUCGUUGGACUGUUGCCCAGAUGCAGUAAAAAGGGUUCAAUACCAAGUGCUCACUGGUUAACAGUAUUAAUAUCAAUUGUGAGAAAAAAAACACAAAGUUCGAGGACAAUGGCACAGUGGUUGUCGAAUAAUGAGAGAAAAGCCAGUCUUAUCGCUGAUCAGCUAGCUUCUGAUUAGUAACUAUUAUUUAAACAUGUUUUUAGAUAUUAAUAAAAAUAAGCGAUAUUCGUGUAAUAAUUUAUAAAUUUUUCCGUAGUUAAAUUAGAUGAAAUAAAAACAACUUAGAUUAUA